AUGGAACAGGCGGGGCGCAACCCGGACCUGCCGCCCAACCACCCCAUCAACGCGUUGAGCAAUGCGCACAAGAUGGCCAUCCUCGCGACCCUCAGUUUCUCCGGCUGCCUGAUGAACUUUAUCAUCGCGAUCGUCCUCGUCGCCUUCCCGCCGAUGGGUGCGGCCUUCGACGUGAGCCCAAGCAGAAUCCCCAGCACGAUCGGGUACCAGCUGCUGGGCAUGGCCGUGGGCCCGGUAUUCUGGAACCCGUUGUCGAGAACCCUCGGCCGCCGCCCAGUCUACCUCAUUGGCUCGGUGCUCUCGCUGCCCUGCUGCGUGUGGCUGGCGCUCAGCAACAGCUUCCCCGUGUUCGCGGUCGGGCGGACCGUGAUGGGCCUCAUCGGGUCGUUCUCGCAGACCGUGCCGCCCGCGACGGUGGCCGACAUCUUCCGCCCCGAGAUCCGCGGCCACAAAAUGAGCACAUACGGCGUCGCGGUGGUGAUCUCGCCCUGCGUCGCGCCCGUCUUCAGCGGCCUCAUCGUCGACAAGCACUCGUGGCGCAACCUGUUCUGGUUCUGCCUCGCGCUCUGCGGCCUCCAGCUUAUCCUCUACUUCUUCAUCGUUCCCGAGACGCUGUGGGUCGAGGCCGAGUCCAAGGUCGAGGAGAUAGAGUUGGACAAGGGCGUGUACGCACAGACCGAAGUCGCCACCCCUUAUGGGGCAGGACGCACCGGCGUCGCAUGGUAUCCGUGGGCGCGGCCGCGCGAGUACCUCGGUCUCCUGUGGAGUCCGAUCGCGAUGCUCCGCUUCGCGGCCAUCACGCUCCCCUCGUUCUACUACGGCUCGCUCUUUGCGUGGAGCGUCGGCUUGACCGUCGUCAUGCCCCAGACGUUCGAGAACCCGCCCUACUCGUUCGGCACGGUGCCGCUCGGCUGCGCGUUCCUCGCGUUCGGCGUGGGCGGCGUCCUCGGGAAAUGGAGCGGCGGGCUCGCCGGCGACAAAGCCGUCGCGUACGUCGAGCGCCGCCGCGGCUCCCGCCAGCCCGAGCACCGCCUGUGGGCCCUCCUCCCCGUCCUCCCGCUCAUGCUUGUCGCGCUCCUCCUCGUCGGCCUCUCGAUCGACCAUGCGUGGCACUGGGCCGUGCUCCUCGUUUUUGGCGGCCUGUACUUCUUCACCUUGUCCGCCGCGACGGGCGUCUUCCAGACGUACGUGCUCGAGAGCUACCUCGAGAAAAGCAUGGACACGCAGGCCGUCUUCCAGUUCUGGAAGAUGAUGUGGGGCUUCGCCGUCAGCUUCUUCGCCAUGCAGUGGGGCCAGGCGAGUGGGUUCACCAAUGCGUAUGCCGUGCAGGGCGCGCUGGCGUGCGGCGUCGGCCUUGUCCUCACUGUCAUGCUGCUCUGGAAGGGCGAGGCGAUUCGCAUGGCCCAGAGGAUGCCCGUGUUUGAGUAA